UGAAUGCAACACAGACGAGCGGAUGUGACGCACUGAGGUCGACUUAAAGGAGACGUCUGUGAUGAUGGCGGCGUUAGCGUCCUUGAGUUUCAAGUCAAGAGCAGGUCUCCUGAUUUCUGCUCAGUCGUCUCUGUUGGACUCGGUUCGGUUCGCCUCUAAGAAGGCAGGCGGGAGCUCCAAGAACGUCGGAGGAAAAAGCCCCGGCCGCAGAUACGGCUUCAAGAAACAAGACGGGAACUUUGUUCAUGCCGGCAACAUCCUGGCGACGCAGAGGCAGCUGAGGUUUCACCCAGGAGCGCACGUGGGCAUGGGCACCAACAACACCCUCUUUGCUCUGGAGGACGGGCACGUCAGGUUCACCAAGGAGGUGUACAUCCCACCGCCGCGCAGCCCCGAGGCUUCCGCCAUCAUUCCAAAACUGCCCAAAGGCGCCGUGCUCUACAAAACCUUCAUCAACGUGAUGCCCGUCCAACAGGAGGCCAAGUUCAGGCUGGUGGAUCAGGUGUGACGGGGAUCAGGACUCCGGGGCUGAAAUGACAGACUUUCCGAUGCGAGUGGAGCAGCGGUCCAGAGGAAGCUCUGCUGUGGAGGACGUCCAGACUUGUGCUGGAGUUCACCGUGAAGCUGAAGGUCCCGUCUGUCUUCACUGAGCUCCAGGGCCCCCCCAGGUGUGGACUGAGCUGCUGCUGAGCUUUAUGGUGAUGAUUAAAGUUUUGUAUAAAAGCUUCUUGGCAUGUCG